GGUGAGAGUGAAAGCACUUGCAUCUGGCACCUAUGGCAGAAUCUCAGUUGCUCAUUCCUCUACAUGUGUCUUACAUCAAGUCGCUUGGAGAUAGCAAAGAUGACUUGGCGUACCAUAUGACUGCCCAUUUACGGAUGAACGCGAUUUACUGGGGAUUGACGGCAUUAUGCACUAUGGGACACAAGGAUGCUCUUGACAGAGUAGAGGUUAUCGAUUUUGUACUAAGUUGCUGGGACGACGAGGCAGGUGGAUUUGGAGCUCAUCCGGACCAUGAUGCGCACAUCCAUUCAACACUGAGUGCUAUUCAAAUACUAUUGACACACGAUGCGCUGGAUAAGGUUGAUAUAGACCGCGUUACUCGAUUCAUAUUAUCACUCCAGAAACCUUCCGGCGUCUUUGCGGGGGAUGAGUUUGGAGAAACGGAUACCCGAUUCUCAUACUGUGCCAUCAGUGCACUCUCCCUUCUGGGCCGGUUGUCUGACCUUGAUGUCGAAAAAACGGUCUCAUACAUCCGACAAUGUAGGAAUUUUGACGGAGGAUUUGGAAAUACGAUUGGAGCAGAAAGCCAUGCUGCGCAAGUUUUUGUUUGCGUUGCCGCGUUAGCCAUUCUUGAUCGCUUAGAAGAAGUGGAUCAGCAAACCCUAUGUUGGUGGUUAGCUGAGCGGCAGCUUCCAAAUGGUGGACUCAACGGGCGACCUGAAAAACUAGAAGACGUAUGCUAUAGUUUUUGGAUUUUGUCGUCUCUGUCUAUUAUGAGAAAAGUACCGUGGAUUGAUGCAGACAAGUUGACUGCAUUUAUAUUAUCUUGUCAGGAUCCAGAAUCGGGAGGAAUUGCUGAUCGUCCUGGGGACGCAGUUGACGUCUUCCACACUUGUUUUGGCACAGCAGGCUUGUCGCUCCUUGGAUAUCCGGGGCUAGUCGAUUUGGAUCCCGUGUACUGUAUGCCUGCGAGUGUCAUUGAAGCAAAGGGCCUGCGGAAGGAUUGGCAAGCUCUACAUCGCAGGCUAUCAUAAAGGCAAACAUGUAUUUUUCAAACAAUGUAUCUCUGUGUUAGUGUAGAGUAUACUAGAAAGAAUAUGUGUGAAUUUA